GAAUUUUCGAACAAGAAGCGCGCCAGUAAGAAGGUGAGUUUUGAAAAUUUGUUCUUUUGACCAGUCUCUUGCGGCAAAUAACUAACGUUUACGUCUUAUCGUCGCCCGAUGUGAGAAGAAACAAGCAAAUGAAACCGUCUUUGAAAGUGACGGUAGAUUAAUCUAAAUUAUGUCGAAGUCACCUUGUUGUUUUGAAAUAUCUUGUAGAAUACGUCCCGAUCACACUUUUUGUGUCGAAAAUCAAUUGAAUAGUGGAACUCGAGCUUUUAUUCUAGAGACGUUUUUGGGGAGCAGGAAACUGUGAAUGUGUCAAAUGUUCAGAGUAAUACCAUGGCGCUGGUUUGGUUUUCUCAACAGAAAUCAUCGUUCAAAAAUUAUCCUUUCAACAACAAAUUUUCAUUCAGCAAUGAUCGGCCUGAAGUCGACAGUGCAGAGCGCAUCUUUGCCGGCACAACUGGUGAUCGUAGAAGGAAACAUAGGUGUUGGAAAAUCCACUCUAGCUUGCCAGCUGGCCAGAAAGUUGAACUAUCGUGUUUUCCUGGAACCCACGACUAAAAAUCCUUACCUAGCUAAGUUUUAUCAAGAUCCGAAAAAGUACGCUCUGAAACUACAAUUGUGGAUCUUCAAGCAGAGAUUCAGAACAUAUAUUGAAGCAACUAAACACGUUCUAAAUUCUGGUAAGUGAAAUUAAGUAAGAAAAUAGUCAAAUUAGUGUUAUUUGAGCUUCAUUUUCGCUUUUAUGGUGAAAUCGAAGCUUGGCCGUGGUACCCUUCUCCAAAGCGACCCCCUACAUGCACGGGGGUGGGUACUGUCAUAAUUAUAUGGGCUAUAUAUUAGGUAUGUGCCGCUGUGAAGGGUAUGGUUUGCAAGAAGUUUACUCUGGGAUAGGGCAUAUAAAUCAGAAAGUUUGGGUCUAGGUUAAGAAUAGGGUAUCAUUAUUUUUCCAGGAAAUUGAUUGGUUGAAGAUUUUAGUCUAGACUGGGGAAGCCGGGAAUUGCCACUCAAAAAUAUAAAAAAUCAAAUCAUCAAGUUUAAAUUUACGCAACUCAGCCUAAAAGCUACUCUAGGAUUUGUUGGGGGGGCGGGAGGUUGGGGGAGUCUAGGCUAGUAUAGGGGAUCAAAAUUCAGCUGAACUAGCUCUGUUAUAGAUUAAGGAUUCCAGGAUUCCAGCGGCACAUCCCCACCCAACAUUCCUAAAGUACCCCUCCCCCCUGGCCCACAACUAAACUGCAGCACAAGGGAUACCUAGUGCAAAGGGGAGGGGUAUUGACCCAAUUUGGGACAUAGGGGCGAUUUUGAGACUUUUGUGAAGGACAAAACUUUCCCAAGUAGCAAUGUGGGUCAUUUUGUAGGUCCGCAUUUUUGUACAGACUGUACAUGGUGUAUGUGUACAAAUUAAAGCCAACUCAAUGAUACGCUUUGAUUGGAUGAACAAGGCUGCAAAUAACAGUCAUCAGACAAUCACCAACCAAAACAAUUGGCCAUAUCCAAUCAAGUCUCACUCAAUCAUAGACACUCCACAAUAGUCUCAUUUCCAUGUCCUAUUUUCUGUUCUUUUCACAAAAAAAUACAAAACUAGCUGACCUUAUGUCCCAGACACAACAUUGUAUGAUGUUACACGUUGUUGAAAGUUUUUGCACAAAGUUUGAAACUGGUCUAACUUUUAGCUACAGUAUGUGCAAACAGACGCAACAAAUGUUAGGAGUUGUUGGCCAACAAUGUUGCACCCAUUUGCAUGGGGCUUUACAGCCGUACUUUUAACACGUUUUUGUUGAAGCUAGGGUCAAGACUGAUAAUGUUUGGACUGAAAUUUAAUAAUUUAUCAAAUAUUCCUUUAAGGUCAAGGAGCUCUCUUAGACAGAUCAGUUUUCAGUGAUUCAGUUUUUGCUGAAGUUAACUACCAGCAAGGAACUAUCUCUGAUGAAGGUACAGAUUUUUUAUUGUUUUUUUCUUUCUUUGUUGUUGGUUUUUUUUUUGUUUAAUGAACAAGCAUACUUGGUAUACAAAAAAUGAUGUUUUUAGCGGAGCUGUCAUGCAUGCAGUGGAGCACCAUGGGCAAUAAAAUUUGGUUAUCUAUGCAUCCACAAUUAUCAAUAGUUACUUUGCUUAUGGUAAAAAAGUUAAAUGACUUGAAAAAUACAUUUCUUACAAGGUAAAAGAUCCCACAAGAGCUUUGCCUUUGACCUUGACUAAAUCUAUUAUUAUAUUAGUUUACCUAGAGGUUGCCAUCUCAUAACUGUUUUUGCCAUUGCUUCUGUAGCUCCGAAAGGUGAAAUUAAAGCACCAUUUUUGGCCUUAUAUUGAGUAAAGUUUGUGUAAGAAAAACAGCACAAAUUAUUUUGAGUGAAUGCAUGUGAGUAGUUUAGCAGAAAGCAAUACUACUUGUCCUUUGACUAUAGUACAUGUAGACAAGGAAGGGUCAAAUUGUUUACUUGAGAAAAGGCAUUGUAAUAUUUAUUUUGAGUGGAAAUUCAUCAAACAUUUCCUUGAAUUUAAGGUUUUCCAUAACUUAGAUGUGAAUUAUUUUCAAAGACUGGCUUGUUGUAAAUUUAUCAUAGUUUUAUGUAUUUUUUAUUCAACACCCUUUAGAAACAGGGUGCAAAGAAAGUCAUUUUUACACCUUGCCAUUCGGGCAAGCUGAAGCUAACAUUUACUAGCCCAAAUAUCAUUUCAACUAGCCCCAAAAACGUUUUGAUGAGUAGAUGGAUUUCACAGUUCUUCUGUAAUUUGAAUUCUUUAAAACUCUUCACUUGCCCAUCAGGCAAGUUAAUAGCAGAAUUCACCCGAUAGCAAAAUCCACUGGCCCCAGGCUAUCGGACAGUACUUUCUUUUCACGCUGAGAAAGCAACAAUACCAAACUCUUCUUGUUACACAAUUGAAGAACAUAUUUUUUUUUCCAUUGACUUUUACGGAAUACAUCUUGAAUUAUUUUAGGUUACCAGUAUUAUAGAGCCCUACGGAAACAAGCUUUGAAGGAUGUCUUGGUUCCACACACUACCUUGUAUCUUGAUGUUUCACCAGAAACUUGCAGUCAGCGUGUUCUUGGACGAGGAAGGGUAUGA